AUUGGGGAAACGCGAUUUACAGUCAAAGAAAAGGCGCGGGUCUUAACAGACGCCCGGUCCCGUCGGCUCCGCCCUGCAAGAGUCUCGCAGCUGGAAGGCGGAGCUCCCGGAUGGGCGGGUCCGCGCACGCGCCGCACGGGAAUUCCAGAAGUAUUUGAGACAUGAGAUGGAGAAGUACGAGCGGAUUCGAGUGGUGGGAAGAGGUGCCUUCGGGAUAGUGCAUCUGUGCCUCCGUAAGGCCGACCAGAAGCUGGUCAUCAUCAAGCAGAUCCCAGUGGAGCAGAUGACCAAGGAGGAACGGCAGGCGGCCCAGAACGAGUGCCAGGUGCUCAAGCUGCUCAACCACCCCAACGUCAUCGAGUACUACGAGAACUUCCUCGAGGACAAGGCCCUUAUGAUUGCCAUGGAAUAUGCACCAGGUGGCACCCUGGCUGAGUUCAUCCAGAAGCGCUGCAAUUCCCUGCUAGAGGAGGAGACCAUCCUUCACUUCUUCGUGCAGAUCCUGCUCGCGCUGCAUCACGUGCACACGCACCUCAUCCUGCAUCGGGACCUCAAGACCCAGAACAUCCUUCUCGACAAACACCGCAUGGUCGUCAAGAUCGGUGACUUUGGCAUCUCCAAGAUCCUCAGCAGCAAGAGCAAGGCCUACACGGUGGUGGGUACUCCAUGCUACAUCUCCCCCGAGCUGUGCGAGGGCAAGCCCUACAACCAGAAGAGUGAUAUCUGGGCUCUGGGCUGUGUCUUAUAUGAGCUGGCCAGCCUCAAGAGAGCCUUCGAGGCUGCGAACCUGCCAGCUCUGGUACUGAAGAUCAUGAGCGGCACCUUUGCCCCCAUCUCCGACCGGUACAGCCCGGAGCUGCGCCAGCUCGUCCUGAGUCUGCUCAGCCUGGAGCCUGCACAGCGGCCACCCCUCAGUCACAUCAUGGCGCAACCCCUCUGCAUCCGGGCCCUCCUCAACCUCCACACCGAUGUGGGCAGCGUCCGCAUGCGGAGGGCAGAGAAGUCCCUGACCCCAGGACCACCCAUGGCCCCCGGCAGCACAGGGAGCCGGGCCACCAGUGCCCGAUGCAGGGGUGUCCCCCGGGGACCUGUGAGACCGGCCAUCCCACUGCCACUGUCUUCCGUGUAUGCCUGGGGUGGUGGCCUUAAUGUGCCCCUGAGGCUCCCGAUGCUCAACACUGAGGUGGUUCAGGUGUCUGCAGGGCGCACGCAGAAGGCUGGCGUCACACGCUCCGGGCGCCUCAUUCUGUGGGAGGCCCCGCCCCUAGGCACUGGAGGAGGCACGAUCCUCCCAGGGGCCGUGGAGCAGCCUCAGCCUCAGUUCAUCUCCCGGUUCCUGGAGGGCCAGUCCGGUGUGACCAUCAAGCAUGUGGCCUGCGGGGACCUGUUCACGGCUUGCCUGACGGACCGAGGCAUCAUCAUGACCUUUGGCAGCGGCAGCAACGGGUGUUUAGGCCACGGCAACCUCACCGACAUCAGCCAGCCCACCAUUGUGGAAGCCCUGCUGGGCUAUGAGAUGAUCCAGGUGGCCUGUGGGGCCUCUCAUGUGCUGGCCCUGUCCGCAGAUGGGGAACUGUUUGCCUGGGGCCGAGGAGAUGGUGGGAGGCUGGGACUUGGCACCAGGGAGUCCCAUAGCUGCCCCCAGCAGGUGCCUGUGCCCCUAGGGCAGGAAGCUCAGAGAGUUGUUUGUGGUAUUGACUCUUCCAUGAUCCUCACCUUGCCUGGCAGGGUCCUGGCCUGUGGAAGUAACAGGUUCAACAAGCUAGGCUUGGACCACAUAUCCCUGGAGGAGGAGCCUGUUCCCCACCAGCAAGUGGAGGAGGCCCUGAGCUUCACACCACUAGGCUCUGCACCUCUGGACCAGGAGCCGCUGCUGUGUGUGGACCUGGGCACUGCUCACUCAGCCGCUGUGACUGCCUCUGGUGACUGCUAUACGUUUGGCAGCAAUCAGCAUGGGCAACUGGGCACCAGUUCUCGCCGGGUCAGCAGGGCACCCUGUCGGGUCCAAGGCCUAGAGGGCAUCAAGAUGGUGACAGUGGCCUGUGGGGAUGCCUUCACUGUAGCCAUCGGGGCAGAGGGGGAAGUUUAUUCUUGGGGCAAAGGAGCCCGAGGUCGCCUGGGAAGGAGGGAUGAGGAUGCUGGACUCCCUCGGCCAGUGCAGCUGGAUGAGACUCAUCCUUACGUGGUGACUUCAGUGUCCUGCUGCCAUGGGAACACUCUCUUGGCCGUUCGAUCAGUCACAGAUGAACCAGUUCCCCCCUGAGGCAACAGGAUUAUCCAAGAGACCACCUCUGAGUGUUCUGAAAACGGCAGGUGCCUGAGGAAGACUGUUUCCAGCUCCUGGAUUGUGUCAUCAGUGAGGUGGAAAGGCCACUGGCCGCCACUCUGUUCCCCCAAGUCCCCGCCCCCAAACUCCUUAUCUUACUCAGUGACUCCAGGCUCCAGUCUGGCAGGAAUGAACAGCAGGCUGGUUUUCAAAGACUGCUAAAAACGCACACACCCCCCACCCCAGGCCCGGGUAGAAAUACAUCCCCGGUGGUGUCCUCAUGAAGACUGAUGCCGUGCUUUGGAGUAGGGCAAGCCGGGGCUUGUUUGGACUGGCCAUUAGGCCUGCUCGAUCCGCAUUGUUGCAGGAAUCCUAUCACUACACUGCAUAGCUUGAGGCCGAUAGGUCGGAGGGAGUCCCCUUCUCAGUCUUUCCUGAGGCAGGGGUUUGCUCAACCUCUGAGUGGGCGCCCCCACCUCCCAGGGCGGGGAGUACUGGAAUCCUGCUGAAAGUUGCCGGUCACCGCAGGCCAUUUCCCAGACCUAAGACUUGGGGGGGGGGGGGGAAAUGUAGCAGGCCAGACCCGACCAGUUUCUCAAAGGUUUGAAAAUAGCGCCAAUAAAAAUAUCGAAUGCC